AGAAUUGGGAGUGAUGUCAUCUGUAACAAUAAAACAGCUUCUCUUGUGAAGAUGAUGUUUGCAAAAGACAUGGCUAAAGUAAUGAUCGUCAUGUUUGCAAUUUGUUUUUUUGCAAAAUCAGAUGGGAAACCCAUUGAGAGGAGAUCUGUGAGUGAAAUAGAGCUUAUGCAUAGCCUUGCUAAAUAUGUAAACACGGUGGAAAGGGUGGAAUGGCUGCUGAAGAAACUGGAGGAAGUGCGAAAUUUUAUUUCUGACAAGAAUGGUGGUUCCGAGAGACCCCUAAAAAGGGAAGACAAUGGCCUGUUUGAGAAGUAUCAAAAAAAUCUUGGAGAAGCAGACAAAGCUGAUGUGGAUGUAUUAACCAAAACUAAACCCCAGUGA